UCUCAUUGACAUUUCCACUCCGAACGGGAUUCAAAAGUGUCACGCAAUCUGGAUUCGUGAUAUCGUUUUAUUUAAUUUAGCCUCAAAGGGUUUGAAACAGCAGGAUAUUGAUCAGAAUCUGAAAUAUCCCGGGAAUUUUCCUUCCAGACAGAGGAACGCUGGAAAAACAUAUAUUGUGAGAAGAAAUUACUAUUGGAGACCACUUGUUUAUUUCCCAGAGUCACCAGUUUGCGCGGAAGGGCUCAGGCGGUGGAGCAGAAUGCCUCAAAAAGAAUACCAUAACCAACCCGCGUGGGAAUCAGGAGUGGCGUCCAUGAUGCAAAACAGUCACAGUGGCGUCAACCAGCUCGGCGGGGUGUUUGUGAACGGCAGACCGUUACCGGACUCCACCAGACAGAAGAUUGUCGAACUCGCUCACAGCGGAGCGCGACCCUGCGACAUCUCCAGGAUUCUGCAGACCCAUGAUGAUGCAAAAGUCCAACUGGACAAUAAGAACGUAUCCAAUGGGUGUGUGAGCAAGAUUUUGGGGAGAUAUUAUGAGACCGGCUCCAUCCGACCGCGAGCCAUCGGAGGCAGCAAACCGAGGGUAGCGACGCCUGAAGUGGUCGGCAAAAUAGCACAGUACAAGAGGGAGUGUCCCUCGAUCUUCGCCUGGGAAAUUCGGGACAGGCUGCUGUCUGAAGGAGCGUGCACAAACGAUAACAUACCGAGCGUGUCAUCGAUAAAUCGAGUCCUACGCAACCUGGCUAGCGAAAAGCAACAGAUGGGUGCAGAUGGCAUGUACGACAAGCUGAGAAUGCUCAACGGACAGACCGGCACGUGGGGGGCUCGCCCGGGAUGGUACACGGGUACGUCUGUGCCAGGACAACCAAAUCAAGAUGGUUGCCAGCAACAGGACAACGGAGGCGAGAACACUAACUCUAUUAGCUCGAACGGUGAGGAUUCAGAUGAGACUCAAAUGCGCCUGCAAUUGAAAAGAAAACUGCAAAGAAACAGAACGUCGUUCACUCAGGAGCAGAUCGAAGCCCUGGAAAAAGAGUUUGAAAGAACCCACUAUCCAGAUGUUUUCGCAAGAGAAAGACUUGCAGCAAAAAUCGACCUUCCAGAAGCUAGAAUACAGGUAUGGUUCUCAAACAGAAGAGCGAAAUGGAGGAGGGAAGAGAAGCUGAGGAACCAGCGAAGACAAGCCAGCAACUCCUCCAGUCACAUUCCCAUCAGCAGCAGUUUCAACACAAGCGUCUACCAGGCAAUCCCACAACCCACCACUCCUGUGUCCUUCACAACAGGGUCAAUGCUAGGCCGAUCUGACAUGGCUCUGACCAACACGUACACUGGUUUGCCUCCGAUGCCCAGCUUCACAAUGGCUAACAGCCUGUCUAUCCAACCAAGCCAGGCAUCUUCCUAUUCCUGCAUGCUGCCCACCAGUCCGUCUGUGAACGGGCGAAGCUACGACACAUACACACCCCCUCAUAUGCAGGCACACAUGAACAGCCAAACAAUGGCAACUUCUGGUACCACCUCGACAGGACUCAUCUCCCCUGGAGUAUCUGUCCCUGUCCAAGUUCCCGGAACUGAGCCAGACAUGUCUCAGUACUGGUCAAGAUUACAGUAAAGAAAAGAGUUACUUCGCCCUUUGACUUCCACACAGAGACUAAAAGAGAACCUGGACCUCUUCAGCAGUACUUCCACAAACAAACAGACAAAUACGAGGACGCAUGUGGAUUCUUGUCACGGUCUGAAAACGUUGCGGCACUAAGAGGAAAACCAGACGCUAAAGAGACUUUAACUGAACAAAAACAACAAACCUCUUCAACAUCCAUGUUUUCGAUCUCCAUUUUUUUGUUGUAUUGUACAUUGGCAUUUAUAAGUCAAGACAACAGCCAAAAAUAGGUUGGUCUCGCAUCCAUUUGAAAUGGUGGAGCGUGAUAUAUUGUGACUGUUUUCUAUUGAGCUAAUAUCAGGAUUAUGGAUCAGACUUCAUACAGGCCCAUAUCAAAGCAGUGAAGCAGAAACACACCAACAGGAAACGCCGAUACAUAGAUAUUUUCACUCAUCGGCUAGAAGAUUGAGGCUAAAAAUCAACUUCAAUUAACGACACUGUUUUAUCUACAAAAGGAACAACAGCCAUUAUGUAAAUUACUGAGUAGUUUAUAAUUUAAUAUGAGGGUUUGGAGCUGGGUAGACUUUGUGCUUGAUUGUUUAUAAUUGUGACAUCAAGAAAAAUGGGAAGUUAUAAAACGUCAAAAUAACAUUCAUCCAUUUUGCUACUGUCCAAUUGUAAGUAUCCGUUUCCCCAAGAAAUUUCCAUGCGGAAUUAUCAUGGAUCAUGAAUAUAUUCUCACAUUUACUGCCCCCCAGAAAAAUCUAUACAUAUGUUUGAUACAGAUUUUCAUGCAUUGUUAAAAAAAGGAGAAAAGAAAAACGUUUCUUUAGGUCAGGUACAAGUUGUCUGUUAGGUAUAGCUGUAUUAUAGUGUCCUACAGUCAAAUAAUUUUGUGAGACUAGAAAUAUUUAAUUCCAAUAAUUAUGAUUAAAAAUGCUUGGCAGAGUAAAAAAAAAAAAGAAUAAAGUAAGUGUUUGGCAGUUGUUUACAAGUACAUAUCAGACUUUAACCAUUGUUGAUUGUAAAAACAGACCAAAGCCUUUGUAUUUCAUCUAUUACACACCAAUCUUAAUCUUCUCUUUUUUUAUCGUUAGUCUUGUGUUGCUACACAUUUUGUAAAGGAAAAAAGUUGUUUUACAUUCUAGUACACUGGCUUAGAGUAGCCUAUAUAUGACUGCGGCUUAAUCACGCUGUCCUUUAUUUAUGAUCGACAACAUGUUGACAUCUCUUGGAUUCUACAGGUUUUUGUUUUUGUUUGUUGCUGUUGUGUAUCUGGAACAUGAACACUUCUAAUGGUUUUUGUGUCAGAGCAAUGCAUUGGAAAAAUGGAAGGUCUAACCUGUCUUGCAGAUAUUUCAAUUUAACUUUAUUUAAAAGCUUUCUAAAUGUAUUUUGUGAAAACUAUUAAAAGCAUUUUGUACAGUA